UGUGUUUACGCUUCGUCUGACUCGCACACCAAAUUUGUGUGAUGUUUCCCGUAUUAUUUGUUGGUGAAAUUUCCGGAAACUGCAAGUUAAUGAUAAGUAAAAGGUUACUAAGUUAGUGAGAAAGUACCUUACAAGCGAAAAGUGCCGCAGUAAGCAAGCAUCCGCAUGCCGGAGCCUUCAAUGGCCAUUGUCACAGAGUGUCCUUCGUUCGUGUCCUUGAAGGCAGAUGCAUAAUACUCGAGCGAAAUUGCAACAUUCUUCCGAAAGUCACGCACCUCGUCGGUCAGAUAAGGUUUCAGCGAUCUCCGGAACGACACAAACUAGGCAAGAGCAUGACGAAUGAAACCGAUGAUCUCUCGAUCACCAGCUGUGAACGUUGUCCGCGGCUAGUGGCUUUCGGCAACAUCCUGCUGGACAUAAGUGUCGAGCUGAAGGAUGGCAAAAUACUCGAACAGUUUGAUCUGAAACCGGAUGACCAAAGAGAAAUUCCGGCGGAUAAACUGGCCGCCCUUGUCUCCGUUGCCGUAGAAACCUGCGGCAAUCCUAUCUACAAUCCCGGUGGAUCGGCCCUCAACACAUGUCGGAUUCUGCGAGCUCUUGGGGAGAAAAAUAUAAUCUUCUGUGGAGCUGUUGGCAUCGAUGAUAACGGGCAGAUAUUGCAGCAGAUUCUGAAAGACUGCUCAUUAAACACUUGCAUUCAAACGUUACCGGAUCAAAUGACCGGCACGUGCAUGUGCCUAAUCAGUGGCGAUAAACGAAGCUUGAAUGCAAAUAUAGGCGCAUCGUUGCAUUUCAAGAAGGAAUUUGUCAGCUCGCGCUGGUGUCAAUCGAAAAUUGGAAUAUGCAAAUCGGCGGCACAUACCAACAUUGAUGAAGAUGUCCGGAUUUUCUACAUUGAAGGAUACUUUGUGCCGGAAAAGUUCCACAUUUGUACCUUCAUCUACGAGCAGUACUGCAAGGGCACGGCGAACCUGUUCGUCACCAAUCUAAAUGCAUCGUACAUUCUGCAACAGUUUACUGCCGAAAUGCGUUAUCUGGUGGAGCAUGCCGACUUGGUAUUCGGGAACCUGGCCGAGUUCGUAGCCCUGGCACAAAUUUAUCAGUGCGGCGAUGUUGAUGACCUUGCUCAUUUACUUAUCAAACAGUACCGUAAACAUAAGCGCAGCAAAAUUCUGGUCGCUACGGAUGGUUGCCGGAGCGUGCGGCUUUAUCAUGGGGCUGGAUCAAAGUUCACAGCGAUGAACUUUCCCGUUCCCGCGUUACCGGCCAAUAUCGUUGUUGACACUACCGGUGCGGGCGAUUCGUUCGUGGCGGGAUUUUUGUACAAAUUUAUGAACGACGAUAGUCCCACACUAGCAGACUGUAUUCGAUACGGGUGUAAAAUUGCUGGGAAAGUGAUCCGCCAAGUUGGAUGCAAUUUGCCAUCUAAUGUGCCCUCAUCGCCGGUAGGCUCACCAUCAGGCACCGGUGGAAUUAUUCCUUAGAUAGGAGGUCAAUACUCCGGCACGAACUCACCCGGUUCUGCUGCUGAUAUCUCCUUUCGCUUACUUACUGUUACUUAAAGGUGUUGCCUCUUUGCGCUUGCCAGUAUGCUGGUUCAUUAGCCGGAUUAAGGGAAAUUGUUACCGUGAUUUGUAAGUCUGCUAAAUUAACAAAAACAACUUUUGUUAAUCCACAUAAUUAUUUUCGCGACGAAAGAAGUGUGAUUAAUGUCCAUCGAAUGAUCUGUUACGUUUUGUAGAAGAAUAAAUGCAUUUUUUAGGCAAGAUG